UCAGUCCGUCUGUGGCCGGUCAGUAGGUCAGCAGCUCCGUGUCACCUGCAGCACUUCACCUCCACCAACAACCAACAGCCGCCAUGAGGGAGAUCGUUCACAUCCAGGCCGGCCAGUGCGGGAACCAGAUUGGUGCAAAAUUCUGGGAGGUGAUCAGUGACGAGCACGGUAUCGACCCAACAGGAACCUACCAUGGAGACAGCGACUUACAGCUGGACAGGAUCAGUGUGUAUUACAACGAAGCCACUGGCGGGAAGUAUGUGCCCAGGGCCAUCCUAGUUGACCUGGAACCAGGCACCAUGGACUCAGUCCGCUCUGGACCUUUUGGGCAGAUCUUCAGACCUGACAACUUUGUCUUUGGUCAAAGUGGAGCAGGUAACAACUGGGCCAAAGGUCACUACACAGAGGGGGCAGAGCUGGUGGAUUCAGUUCUGGAUGUGGUGAGGAAAGAGGCUGAGAGCUGUGAGUGCCUGCAGGGUUUCCAGCUCACACACUCCCUGGGAGGAGGCACCGGCUCGGGCAUGGGCACCCUGCUCAUCAGCAAGAUCAGAGAGGAGUACCCUGACCGCAUCAUGAAUACCUUCAGUGUGGUGCCCUCUCCUAAGGUAUCAGACACAGUGGUUGAGCCGUACAAUGCCACACUGUCGGUCCACCAGUUGGUAGAAAACACAGAUGAGACCUACUGCAUCGAUAACGAAGCCCUUUAUGACAUUUGCUUCCGCACUCUCAAACUCACCACACCCACCUAUGGCGACCUCAACCACCUGGUUUCAGCCACCAUGAGUGGUGUAACCACCUGCCUGCGUUUCCCUGGCCAGCUUAACGCUGAUCUGCGGAAACUGGCUGUCAACAUGGUGCCCUUCCCUCGUCUCCACUUCUUCAUGCCCGGCUUUGCUCCUCUGACCAGCCGAGGGAGUCAGCAGUACCGCGCCCUGACGGUCCCCGAGCUCACCCAGCAGGUGUUUGAUGCCAAAAACAUGAUGGCGGCUUGUGACCCUCGCCACGGACGCUACCUGACGGUGGCCGCCGUGUUCCGCGGACGCAUGUCCAUGAAGGAGGUGGAUGAACAGAUGCUGAACGUCCAGAACAAGAACAGCAGCUACUUUGUGGAGUGGAUCCCCAACAAUGUGAAGACGGCUGUGUGCGACAUCCCGCCACGCGGCCUCAAGAUGGCCGUCACCUUCAUUGGCAACAGCACAGCCAUCCAGGAGCUGUUCAAACGCAUCUCUGAGCAGUUCACUGCCAUGUUCCGCCGCAAGGCCUUCCUCCACUGGUACACCGGCGAGGGCAUGGACGAGAUGGAGUUCACCGAGGCAGAGAGCAACAUGAACGACCUGGUGUCCGAGUACCAGCAGUACCAGGACGCCACUGCCGAGGAGGAGGGAGAGUUCGAAGAAGAGGUGGAAGAGGACGCCUAAAGAAGAAACAAAAUGAUGAAAAUGAGCUGAAGACAAAGAAGAAAUCCAUAACCAAAAAAAAAAAAAAAUCUAAAAAAAAGAGAGAAAGGAAAAAAUUUUGUGAUAUGAAAUGAUGAUGGGCUGGUUAGAGAAUCAUGGGAUCUGAGCUGAUUAAUGGAAGGACAGAAAUGAAAGAUGAACGUAGGCAGAGAAGAGAAAGAGUAGAUGAGAAACGGGAUGAAAAUUAUGUGACCAAAUUAAUGUGCCAUGGUUUACAGUUUAUUGUGACGCCAUGAAGGCAAGCCUCCCAAAAUCCUCUUACACCAAGACCUUGUCUUGUAGCAAACAAUUACAAGGAAGAAUUCAACAGAAUAACCGUGGUGGCUUUAUACUGUAAAGUUAAUUCCAUCAUGAACGAAUGUUGUAUUGAUUUAAAUCAAAUAUUGCACUCAGUUUCCUUCACACUACACACAAUCAAGCUUAUUGUUUGGACAUCACCUUCUGUAUGAGAAACAGUGCUUUAUGUUAUUGUGGAAAAUGAAAUCUCUGUUUGCACAGUUAGCAAUCCAAUGCUGUUUUUUUUUUUUUUUUCGAUUCCAUGGUUAAAACAUUUAAACUUGGGUGAAGUCAGUGUUAGUAGCUGUGACUUGGACUGUUUUGUGGAAACUAGGCCUAUAACCUGAAAGUGAGAUUCAGAUAUUAUCAGUGUUAAAUGCUUUUAUCAGUGUUCAUUUCUUUUGACACUUUUUUUCAUCAGUGUUCAAUAUCAGACAUGCAUGUGAACUUGGACAUUAGGUGAUGCAGUUCUGUCAGUAUUGUUUUUCCUCACUGAGAUCUGUACUCUUGUUGAUCAGUUGAUCAGGACACAUUUUUCCUGCUUUUGUCGCAUCCUUUUCACGACUCUGGGAGAGAUGAGAGAAAACAUUCUGGUGGGAUCCAGUCUUUUGCUUGUUUCCAUUUUUGUCAAACACAAGACAGUAUUCUUUUUAAUUAAGGGCUGCAACUAGCAGUUAUUAUCCUUACUCAUAUCAGUGAAUAGUUUUAUCUAGAAACAGAUAUCACAUACCAGUAAUUCCAGAUUCUGAAAGUUGUCAGUCUGUUUCGGUAAAUUCCUGAUUUUACUGAGAUACAUUUCCACAGUUUUAGUGCGACAGCAGCAGUAGCACGGUCUUUCUCAGACGCCAGCCAACGUCGUGAGGAGGAUCACGCACUGCAGAUGCCCAGAACCCGGGUCAGGUCAUGGAAAGCAUAUUAGCCUUUUCCUAAUCUGAUUUCCAUUCUCUGCUCUCUGGGUACCAGAUGUCUUAGGCUCAAAAAGGCCUGAGCUCAUCUUGAUUAGAAGCAUCUGUGCUUUUGCUGCAUCAGAGCCAUAUUUUUUAAAAUACAUUUUAUGGGCCCAGUGGUUAUGGGACUUAGUCCAAACACAAAGACCAUGAAUGUGUUUGGAUUCAAGUAAGGAAAAUAUGAGCAGCUACUAUUGGAGACUGAUUAUAUCACCUGCAUCUCUUUUCUAUUCAAAAACAACCAAGGUUGUUUUAAAAGUUUUAAAAUCAAGUUCAAAAUUUCAUUUUUAUCUCAUAGCAGUGAAAAUUUCCAGCAAUUUUCUGCACAUAAAACUCACUUAGUUCAGCCACUCAAAUUCUGCCGCUUGUGUGUUUGAUAAUUUAAUUAUUAAGCCUUCAUAAAACACGUUUCAAAAAUAAAAUGCCAGUGUGCAUUUACUUUUGAAAGAAAAAGUAAAAACACUACUUUGCAGUUUUAGAUUUAAUCUUAAAAAAUGUUUUAUCCUCUGAAGAAGUGCACAAUUUAACAUCCUGGUGAAUGUUUACACUCUGAGCCACUACAGUAUCCAUUCACAUCACACAGGGGCCAUUUGUGUUCGGUAUAUGAACUUCAGUCUUGUUGUCUUUGCUGUAUGUCUCUGUGUGUCUCCCCUGUGUCCCCUGUGUCUCCUGUGCAGUUUCAUUUGGGAUUCCAUUGACUGUGAAACUUUUGGGAGAAAUAAA